CAUGAGGCCAUUCAAAGCAUUGACAGGGUUACGACCAGUGUGUUUCUUUCUCCCGGCAUUCGCAGUGCUACUACUUCCCAUUCUAUUGACCCCAUGUUGGCAUGCUUUGGUCAAUCGUAUUGAGCGCCAAGUGAAGAACGACUUGAGCUCACAGGCCGAGUUCCCUUCUUCAGUGUUGCAAUCUGAAUUUGCGAACAAAGCAGAGUUUUUACGUCCGUUGAAUUCAUCUGCAACGAACUUAGCAAGAUUCCUGGGUUCCUCCGUCGGUGAAGCUGCACUUUCAUUCUCUGAGAUUGAGACUAGGGUGGCUCCUGUGCUGUUUCAAGCAUUCUCUACAAUUCCAUAUUUAUCUCAAAUCUCUUAUAUUGGAUCGGACGGCUUAUUUUUCUCAUACUACACCGACGGCAGUCAAACUCUUUCAAUGUACUCCAACUCCUCCUCAUUUGUGCAUGAUUCCAGUACUGCUCCAAACGUUGGAAAUAACUACGUUUGGUACGUGCAAUCUGUGAACAAUGAGACAGGAAAGUUACAUGGAGAAGCCAUUGAAGUCCCUCCCUUGAAUAUGAAAAACAAAAUCUGGUUUCAAGAAGCCUUGAAUAGUACUCAUGGAUCUGCCUCGUUGGAAACUGGAUGGAACAGUGACCAAGUUCCUGUGUUCCUUAACUCAGCUAGAAUCAAUGGAGGAUCAUCAGUUCUCUCUCUAGGGUUUCCGGUAAAAGCAUUGACUUCCAUUUUCACUGAUAUAGAUCUUCGAGGCGGGAGAUUAGAUAUUUUGGCUGUCCAAGAUAGGAAAGUGCUGUUCCAAGGGAUCCCAAACACUCAUUUGGUUCUUUCUGGUAACGUGGUUUCAUUCCAAUUGAUCAAACCAAAUGGGGAUCAAAUAGGCAUUGGGAACAUUUCCUGCAACCUAAAAGAUGGCACGCCAAGUGCUUCUACUUUGAAUAUUCAGGAAACUAAAUACACUUUUUAUUGUUUGCCUCUUGAUAUAGUGGGAGUGCAAUCGGUCUCUGUGUUGGCUUACCCCGAAAAUGGAUUAGUCAGGCUUGUCCACAAGAGCAGGAAAGUGGCGAUGUUGCUCCUUAUAGUUCUGAUCACUACAUUGGUUAUUUUCCUCUCAAGUUUUGUGUUUACAAUCGUUAGAGCUGCCAAACGAGAGAUGCAUUUGUGUGCUAACCUCAUAAAACAGAUGGAAGCAACUCAACAAGCAGAGAGGAAAAGUAUGAAUAAGAUUCUUGCCUUUGCUAGUGCCAGCCAUGAUGUUCGUGCUGCACUAGCAGGCAUUACUGGUUUGAUAGAGAUGUGCUAUGAUGAUGUUGCCCCUGGUACUGAAUUGGAUACAAAUUUAAGACAAAUGGAUACUUGUGCAAACGACCUUCUAGGUAUUUUGAAUUCUAUUCUCGACACAAGCAAAAUUGAAGCAGGCAAGAUGCCGCUUGAAGAAGAGGAAUUUGACUUGGAAAAACUUCUUGAGGAUGUAGCUGAUUUAUAUCAUCCUGUUGGAAUCAGAAAAGGAGUAGAUGUGGUAUUGGAUCCUUGUGAUGGUUCCACCAAAAGAUUUUCCCAAGUGAAAGGUGACAGGGGAAAACUCAAACAGAUACUGUGUAAUUUACUAAGCAAUGCGGUUAAAUUUACUUCUGAGGGGCAUGUAACCAUUCGAGCUUGGGUUAGGAAACCCGGUUUGCAGAAUUCAAUCAAUGCUUCUAAACAGAACUGCUUGCCUUGCUUUUUAUACAAGAGCAGUCAAGCAUAUAAUGACUUUGAAGCCGUGGAUACAGCCCAACAUGAUCCAAAUACUAUGGACUUUGUAUUUGAGGUGGAUGAUACAGGUAAAGGAAUUCCAAAAGAUAAGCAAGAUUCAGUCUUUGAAAACUAUGUUCAAGUCAAAGAAACGGCUCUUGGACAAGAAGGCACUGGCUUAGGACUCGGCAUUGUUCAGUCUCUGGUACGUCUGAUGCAUGGAGAUAUAGGAAUUGUGGACAAGGAUGUUGGGGAGAAGGGAACUUGCUUUAGAUUCAAUGCUUUGCUCACUAUAAGUGAAACAGCAUCUUCUGAUAAUGCAAAAGCAGAAGACCUUGAAAUGGGAGGUGCCACAUAUCUAUCAGGUUCAAUCAGUCCAGCCCCAAGUCCUCAGAUGACUCUCAGAACUCCAAGUCCAAAGUCGACAGUUCUCACCUCUAGCCCCAAGAUGAAGGCAUCUCAUGUUAUUCUCUUGAUUCAAAGUAAUGGGCGUCGGAAGAUGUUGCGAAGAUUCAUGUCGAACUUAGGCAUGAACGUAUCAGUUGUCAAGCAAUGGGAACAUCUUUCUUCUACUCUCGAGAAGAUAAAAAACAGGCAAAGCCAUUCACAUCACAACUCGAUAAAAUCAGAUUUGAGUUCUCCAAGUGACAACUUAAGCAGGUCUGCUUCUAAUGACUCCAUUGCUGCAGAAAAGGAUGUGCCUUGGAGCACCAUGGGUGGGUCAGACUAUAUACCAUCAAUCUUCAAAAGGACUAAUCUUAGGUUAGCAUCAAACUUCAUUCUAACUGUGAUUGAUGCCAGUGCUGGACCACUGCCAGAAAUAUGUAGGAUUGUGGCCGAGUUCAGAAGAGGUCUUCAAAAUACUUGUUGCAAGGCUGUUUGGUUGGACAAACCAAUGAUGCGUAGCUUCAAUUUAAAAAGUAAUGAUGAGGACAUUAUGAUCGAUCCAAAUGAUAUUAUAAUAUCUAAACCAUUUCAUGGUUCCCGUUUGUAUGAAGUGGUAAGACUUCUUCCUGAGUUUGGCGGUAAAAUGUCACAAGCUGGAAAAUUGCCUAGAGAUCCCAGUUCAUCAAGGAGUCAGUUAUAUGCAGAGUUACAAGACCAUCGUAGCAGCAGUGAGAUUCAAGGGAAAAAAGUCUUGUCACAGACUGAAAAUCGAUCUAAUGUUUGGCCCAAGUCAAGACGGCAUCGGAGUCAUGAAAAUCCACCAAGAGAGCAAGAAAUACAAGAAUGUGGUGACCCAAGUAAUGAGUUGUUGUUGAGGGGAAAGAAAAUCUUGGUUGCAGAGGACAGUGCACUGAUACGCAGGUUGACCGUCUCCCAACUUGCAAAGCUCGGUGCAACUGUUGAAGUCUGUGAAAAUGGGCAAGAAGCCUUAGAGCUGGUUUCCAAAGGUUUAACCGAUCAAAGGAAAGCUGGAGCUUCUAUGAGUCUUCCAUAUGAUUACAUAUUAAUGGACUGUGAGAUGCCUAUCCUGAAUGGGUAUAAAGCAGCUGAGGAAAUCAGGAAAAUGGAGAAGCAUUUCGGUGUCCAUACUCCAAUCAUUGCAUUAACUGCUCAUACGGAUGAGGAAGCAAAAAAGACAAUUGAGGCUGGAAUGGAUGUUUAUAUAGGCAAACCGCUGAAAAGGGAACAUCUCUUGGAAGCCAUUAGAUACAUAGAAAAUAAAUGAAGUACUAGUACUGUAUCAGGAUUUCUUACAAUUUUUUAGUCAAAUACUUUCUACAAUUCGGAGAGAUAUAGAUAUAGUUUAUGGA